AUGGAUUCGAUACAGCAACAAAAUCUUCAAACCCUUGACGCUCUGGGGAGCCAGGUUACGCAGAAGAUUGCCGAACUGCAACGACUCCUGGACAAACACGACAUACCUCAACCAUCCUUUGCUCCCAAUAUAUGUGAUAACAUCGAUCAGACCCCAGACUCCAAGUUGGAGAUCAUCCCCGUGAAGACUGCCUUGGUAGAGGCAGCACGACAAAUCUAUGUCCUAGCUCUAGGUCCAAGAGAGUAUCUUAACCAAGUAACUUUGGCCGAUAAAUAUGACGCUGCGGUUAUGCGUGCGAUUUUAGUAUUUGAAAUCGACAAAGCUGUUCCCAUUAACGGGGAAGCUUCAUACGCAGAAAUUUCAAAGAAAUGUGAUUUGGCCGAGAGAGAAGUAAAGCGCUUUGUUAAGUUCGCCAUCACGAACUACAUAUUCUACGAGCACCGGAAGGGAUAUGUGUCACAUUCUGCCGUAUCUGCACUAUGGGCAACAGACGCCGAUGAACGAAACUGGGCCCUACACAACAUCCGUGACGUCUAUCUAUCGACUAUAUCUUUCAACGAUGCUUUAUCCAGACCAGGCUUUAAGGGCAGCGAUGAAACAAACAAAACCCCACGGAACAUCCUUUAUGGCGACAGCACAGACGUGUUCCAGUACAUGAGCUCUGACACGCAGCGCUGGAAUGCAUUCCACGGCGCCAUGCGCGCCUCGAAGAAAUUCGACACGUUCAGUACAUCACAUGUCACAGAAUGGAGCGGCUGGAAGAAAUUGCCUGAGGGCGCCUCUGUUGUCGACAUCGGCGGCUCCUACGGGCACGUCAGCAAAGCCAUCGCCCUGGCCCACCCACACCUCAAAUUCUGCGUUCAGGACCUUCCCAGCGUGGUCUCCGAUGCACAUAAAUCACUUGAACCAGAACUUGCCGAUCGUAUUAGCUUUAGCGCCUACGAUUUCUUCAGUGGACCGCAGCCUGAGACUGCAGAUGUGUAUCUGCUGCGCUGGGUAUUGCAUGACUGGCCUGAUAAGUAUGCAGCCAAGAUCUUGAGGAAUACCAUUGCAACGAUGAAACCGGGGAGUAGAAUACUUUUGGUCGAUGUUAUUCUACCGGAACCGAACACGGUGCCAAAGUAUAAGGAGAAGAGUGCCCGCGCGACAGAUCUGCAAAUGUAUGCGUUUGUUGGCGCGAUUGAGCGUGACGUGGAUAUGUGGAGGGAGCUCAUUGCGAAGGUAGAUAGCAGACUUGAGAUUGUCGAUAUCCAGAGACCCAGUCUUGGUGGCCAUGGCAUUCUGGAAGUCAAGCUCAACGAAGGGACAUUAUGA